UGUGUGGCAAAGUUUGAGCCGUUGAGAUCGUCAUGAAAUUGUUUUUGCUGCCGUUGCUGCUGCUGUGCAUCGCCUGCGCCAGCGCCCGCGUGUCCCGGGAGGACUGGGAGGCGUUCAAGGCGCGGUAUGGCAAGCGGUACAACCACCAGGACAACAUCCGCCACUACGGCAUCUACAAUCGCCGGGCGCAGCAGGUGGAGCAGCACAAUCGGCUCUUUGCCGCCGGCGCAGUGGGCUACGAGAUGGGCUUGAAUCAGUUUUCGGAUACGAAACAGAAUCUGGUCUCGUUCCUGGCGAACGGGCCGGAGCCCGAGGAGGAUGCAGCCACUCGGAAUGCGAGCAAGCCGAGCGACUACAAGUACUACCAGGAGAUCAAGGACACAGGCAAGGAUUGGCGGGCUGCGGGCAUCGUCUCCGCGGUGGGCAACCAAGGCGACGACUGCCUGGCCUGCUGGUCCUUUGCCGCUUCGGGCGUCAUCGAGGCGCAUCUGGCGCUGAAGAAUCACCAGCUGGUGGAGCUCUCGCCCAAGCACUUGCUCGACUGUUCGGGUUCGCCCAACAACGGCUGCUCGGGGGGCUGGGUGAGUGUGGCACUCAACUACACGCGGGACCAUGGCAUUGCCACAAAGGCCGCCUAUCCCUUUGUGCCACAAACCGAAGCUUGUCGCUACGAAGGUGGGACAAGCGCGGGUCGGGUGCGUGGCUAUGUCACCCUCAACACUGCCGAUGAAGAGCAGCUCGCCGAAGUGCUGUACAACAUUGGACCCGUCAGUGUUUCCAUCGAUCAUCAGCACGAGUCCUUCAUGAGCUACAAGCGGGGUGUCCUGCGGGAGCCGCACUGCAGAUCGGAGCGCCGCACGCUGCGGCAUGCCAUGCUGCUGGUGGGCUUUGGCACUGACCCGCAGUGGGGCGAGUACUGGCUGAUCAAGAACUCCUUCGGCACAUCCUGGGGCAUCGACGGCUAUCUCCAGCUGGCACGCAACGCGGGCAACAUGUGCGGCAUCGCCUCCAUUCCCCAAUAUCCAAUUGUUUAAUAAAAAAGAAGGCACAAGC